AUGGAUCACCUUUUGAACUACAAUCGGUAUAACCGCGAAGAAAUCGUACAGCCUCUCAGUCUGUACCAGAUUGAGCACAUUAGCCAAUAUUUGAAUGUUAUAAAUCCUGUUGCUUACAAUGGGGGUUUGGAGCUAUUCAUUCUGGAACAUGUUAAAUCGCGAAUCCACCGCUGGCUUACAUCUCCCCAUGAAGAUACAAUCUGGAUCGAACGUUCUGCUACUGGAAUAAGGAGUCCUCUUCCUCAACAAACGCUAGAAGCUAUAUAUGCUAAGAAGCUAUGUGACCACGCAGGGAUCGUAAACGUGUCCUACUUUUACUCUCUUCGGCGGUUGGUACUCCACGACCAACCGGGACCCUCCAAACGCGAGAUGCUAUUAGAUAUGGUUAGAUCCAUCAUUUCACAGCUUGCCUAUUCGUUCCUGCCCUCAGUUAUAUACACAGAUAUCGAUCUGUCCAUUGAAAGAUUCCAAAGGGUGGCCAAUCCUGGAGUGGAUAUUAACACUGCGAUUUCAUUAAUGAGAGAUGUACGAUCGUUCGCUCCGCCUUAUAUAAACUGUAUUAUCGAAGGGCUGGAGAAGAUUGAAGACCCAUAUGAUUUAAGGCAUACAAAUGACAUCGUUACUACACUUCAUCACCUUGCCUACCACGCGUCGGAGCUGGUAUCAAAUGUACUACCUGGGGAGCGUUUAACAGCAAAGACUGUCAGAGCAUGCUUUACGAGCGAUGGAAACGUGGCUGCGCUCGUCUAUAUGGUAACUCAUGGCAGUGCUGCGAGAGUUCCCUAUCUGGAGUAA